ACUUGGUGGUCAAUGUCAUUAAUAUUGCGUUCGUUAAUCAUUUACGUAAUGGAUUUUGGUUUAGCCACGAUUUGGCAGUCAUUUGCUCGAUCAUAUAUGCACUGGGUAAGCCUAACUAGCUGUGGUUCUGAAAUACAGCCUUUUGAUAACAAUAUCAUUUUGAAAAUAUCAGAAUAAUUGUAAAAUAAAAAUGUGAAGAUAAGUUUAAUAUAAUAUCAAACCACAGAAGCAUUGCAAGUUCUCACAAUAUUAAUUUCGCAUCAUUAAAAAUAAAUCAAUUAAGUACAAUUUUAUUGUAUCCGAUAGUGAUUAAUAGUUCCAGAAACAUAAAUAGGUAACAUUAAAAUCCGAAUUAAAUCUUGUUUUGUACGUAUUGUUACUAGACAUGCUAUGGUUCCAGAGUCUCAAAGUAAAUAUAUUUCGCCUUGUAUUAGGUAAGUAGAUAUACUCGUAAAUAUUAAUCAAAAUUUGAAAAUACACAGUUUCUAGUAUAUAUUUAUUUUUAUUUUUUUGUUACAGUCAUAUUUUUAAUGGGUCUAAAUAUUGCGGAAGCACGAGAUCCCGAUAGAAGAGAAACUAAUUACGAUAAGAGGCCAUAUUACGCAAAAACACAAAAUGGAAGAUUUCCAUACCACAAAAGAAUUCAAAAUGAAAGAAGAAUUCUACCCAGCAUUUCACCUAGCAAGAAAAUACAAAAUAACAGAAAAAAUCCAACAAUUAAUAGUAUGCUGAAUACGCGCACAUUUUCAACAGCCCGAAGAUUCCUGAAACAAAAAUCUGCUGCUACUGCCAGAAGUACCCAUGAGAGUAGUAUUCCAGACGCUAGAAGAAUACUUCUAAAUAGAAGGGCUAUGAUUGCCAAAAGAAUACAAAAUGAUAAAACUGUUCCAACUCCUAAGGAAAUACAAGCUAUAAGUAAAGCUCAAAAUGGUAAAAAAACACAAAAUGGCGUACGAUCUUAUAGCGACAACAUACGGCAUAACAGCAAGGUGAUUCAAUAUAAUAGACGAGGUCCAAAAAUAAAAGAAACGCUAAAAAAAUACGGAAAUAUAUCUCCGAGUUAUAGACGAAUCCCACGCAUCAGUAGAUUGCAACAUGACAAAGACGUUCAAACAGACGUUCAAACUGAUAAAAAAGAGGAAAGGGAAAUGAUGAACUCGGCCAAUAUGGCAAUAAUUGAUAUGGAUAAAAGAAUGAAAAUUAACAAACUAUUGGAAGAAGAUAGAAUGCAACAGAGUAUUUUAAGAAGAAAAAUGGACAGCAUCUUACGAAGCGAUCAACCAGUGCAAAACGAUAGAUUAUCACCAAGUGAUAUAUACAAGAAAAGAAUACAGGAAAAAAGAAGAAAAAAUGCAAAAAAAAUUGAAAACGCCAGAAGAAUGCAAAAUGUAAAAAAAGCGCAAAAUACUAAAAGAAAUUUCGAGAAGUCGUACCAAAAAAUCGUUAACGCUAGAAGAAUACGAAAUGACAGAAGGAUGUGGGUUGCUACUUCUGGCGCCACUGUCGUCUUUAGGAAGUACAUGGACAAUUCAACGAUCCCUCCAGACCCGCCAGAUUUUAAUUCCUCCGAACUGGACCAUGGAGAAGAAGAGCACCCAGAAAUGGAUAUUGGUGAUGAUGGUGGUGGCCCCGGUGGAACUGGAGGUGGAAGUGGAGCGUUCUGGGGAAAAUUCUUUAAAAGUCUGACGAUGAUAUUCGACGGGCUUUCGGCCAUCGAGCCAGCUGGCAGCAACGGUCAGAAAGUUAGGGCUUGUCUCCACAUUGCGACCACGUAUAUGAACGCACACAAAGAUUUGCGAAGGUAUAUGGGGACGCGAUAUUUUUACGAAAACAAUUUGCAGUACGAGGUUGGAUAUAUGACGAGUGAAAUAAUAACCAAAUAUCAAAGAAUGUUAGAAAUUUACCACAUAGCACAAGAUAAAUGGCGCAAGCAUCAGAACAGAGAGUUUGCUUCCAGCAUUUACAUGCUGUAUCUGUAUACAAAUAUUCUUGAAAUGGGUACCGUGAUAGGACAUUUGUGUGCCAUGUUGGCUGAAAUGGAAUUGAGGUUCCGCGACCCAAGUCGUAAGAAGACAGGAUUCGAGGAUUACCAUAUGCCCCCGAAAAAAAAGACGCAAAAGCACGGGACCGAAGCUUUCGAGGCGUCUAUUGAUGACUAUGAGAAGAGGUUGUUAGAUGGACAGAAGAAGCGGCGAAAACAAAGAAAUAAGGACAGAAAGAAAAAUUUGUACGCCGGUUACAAACCCACACCUGCGAACCGAAAGCCGAGGGGGAGUUCUUGGGCACUGGACUACGGAUGGUCGAUCGAAUACAACUGGUGAAGUUACCGUGGAUAUAAUAUCGGAUAUCGUUUCUAUCAAGUGGUUAUCAAUCAAGCACAGAAGACCAAUUAUUUAUAGUUUACCAAAAAUACCAAUUAAAUAAAACAAAAGGUGAAAUGUGUGACUAGGACUGAAAAGGAUCAAGUUUGUUACUGAUUAGCAUUUAAUUAUGUUAAUUAUAAAUGGAGUUUAAUCAUAGUUUAAUAAUAAUAUAAGCUAUUGACUUAAUGUGAGGAAUGCAACGUUAACAAAA